ACAAAAUGGCGGAGGAAGAAUCGUCAGAAACACGGCCUGAUGACAGUAAGGACAAUAUUUUCGAAAUAUUACAAAAGGAAGCAAAAUUAUCUGCAGAAAAUGUCGUAGGAGGGGAUACCAAAUACAACACUGGUGUUGACAUGCACCACGCUCUCUCGGAUUUAAAGAGAGAUCACCAUGCCAUUCAUGGAUUUAGGAAUUUGCCAGGUUUGCAAUGCCCACCUGUUCAGACGAACAUUGCAAAGGAAGAACUGGAUAAUUCAGAGGUAAAUUCCUCUCCCGAAGCUAAGAAACUAAAACUGUCAAUGCCUUCGACACCCCAAGGACUGUCUGAUUCAUGUGUCAGUCCUGAAUCGGGAAAAAGAAGGCGCAUUCAACACGAUUAUCGACGCCUAUCAAGCUCAGGUUAUGUUGAUGAUUAUGAAGCAGGUAAAGAUCAACGUUUCGCGGUUGGGAACGAAACAGAAAUGGUCCCGGGGACAACUGCAACAUCCCCAAGAUCUAAAAGCAACACAUCAUCACCGAAAACAAGAUCUCCAAUAUCGUUUGGCACUGCAAAGUUUCCUAACUCUGCUGCACAGGAUACAGGAGUAAAACUGAAUGUUCAGAAUAAUUCUGAAGUAGAUGGUUGUAGAGGUGACAUCAGAAUAAAGAAAGACAACCAUGAAAGCAGAUCACCACACAAAGACAGGCAUAGAGGUCACCAUUCACACAGCCAAGACAAGAAGGAUUCUAGUCACCAUCCUGACCAAUCCCAACACCAUAGUCGACAUCACAAUCGCCACUCCCACUCACACAAGUCUCCUGUGUCCAAAGACCACACUGUGGGCUAUCACAACGCUAAACAGGAGAGUGUGAAUGGAUCCAUCUCAAACGAUCGUUAUGGUACCGACAAGCGUUCUUUGAAAGUUGAAGCAGUUAAAACAGAAGUGACUACCAAGGUAGAACCCCCAACUUCUUUGAAUCGAACUGUUGGUCAAUCCAAACCUGCCAACAGUCAGCCAAGAACACCGACGAAGAAACGGAUUGUUAGCAACUGUGGUGUCCAGGUUAACCUGAGACGUCGAACCGAUACAAAGUCGGUUCAAGUGUCCCUUGGCCAUCCUAGUGGUUCAGUUCACCGAGUCACCAAUGGAGACAGACAUCAUUCUCCAAAGGAACACCUUGUCAGCCAUCAAAAGCCAAGAAUGAAGAUCUCUCAAGGAACUCAGACUUACGAAGCAGUUGCACCUCCAGUUACAACCUUACCUCCUUCAUUGAACUAUGUUGCUCCUACUGCAAGCUUUGAUACUAAAGUCCAUUUGAACAAAACACAGGCUCAGGUACCAGGACUCAUUCAAUCGAAAUAUAGCAAGUACAUCCAUGUGGAAAAGUAUACCAACGGAGGGGCGUACGUCGUGCACACGUACCAAGAUGAAUUGUCAGACCUCAGCAAGGAAGAAAUGGAAGAGUUUGUGUCGGAAUAUUUUGAUCUUGUGUAUGGGGAAACGAACGGUUCUGCCAAUUUCGUAAUGGGUAUUGUCCAUCGGUCGGCUGAAAACUUGCCUGACUUUAUAGACUAUUUCGGUGAUUUGUAUCCCAAUCUCACCGUAAAGGCAGGUGUUCUGGGAAAGUCAGACAUUGAAACAAUGACAAUAUCUAAGUACAGGGAACAGGUGAUAAAAACGUAUCAAAACGGAACUUACAGGUCAGGUCCACUCUUGCAGAUCAGUCUAGUUGGAACAGUUCAUGAAGAAGUCGGAGACUAUUUCCCAGAAUUCCUGGAUAUAUUGGAAGGAAAUCCUUUCCUUAAUCUUGUGAUGCCUUGGGGGAAACUGGCAGCUAUCAAACUGAAUUCACGAACUGAAAGUAAUGAUGGUCCGAUAUUAUGGGCCCGGCCUGGUGAACAACUCGUACCGACAGCUGACAUGCCAAAGUCUCCGUUCAAAAGAAAAAGAGGCUUGAAUGAGCUGAAGAAUCUACAUUACCUGCCCCGAGCCACGGAGCCAAGAGAAGUCCUGGUGGAAGACCGUACCCGUUGCCACGCUGAUCACAUUGGGCAGGGGUUUGACCGCUUGACAACAGCGGCAGUUGGUGUUCUCAAGGCUGUCAACUGUGGAGAAAAAGACCACACAAGAAUUGUCAAGGAUGUAAUCUGUUUUGAUGCAAAAGACUUCUUUGAUUUGAUGAACAAGUUGCACCUGGAUUUACACGAGCCCCCUGUAUCACAGUGUGUGACCUGGGUCGAGGACGCUAAGUUGAACCAGCUCCACAGAGAAGGUAUCCGUUACGCUCGCAUUCAGCUUUGUGAUGACGACAUCUACUUCAUCCCACGCAACGUCAUCCACCAGUUCAAGACAGUAUCUUCAGUCACCAGCAUCGCUUGGCAUGUCCGACUAAAACAGUACCAUCCUGAAUUGCAAAACUCUACAACAGACUCUGAGGAAAACGUGUUGUCAGAGAGCAGUGUCACUGAGGAAAGGUCCUUUAGUGAGACCGAGUUGAAAUCAGAUAUAGUCAGUCAUGUGCCCGAGCCAGAGAAGGUUCUGUCGCCCGCAGAGGUCGUGACCCCAGUGACGCCAGUCAAGGUCGAGACCCUGAACCCUGAAACCUCAUGAUCAAGAUUGCAUUGUCCAUAUUCUCACAUCUGGAGGACAAACUCAUACAGUGGUUAUUUUGUACUUGCUCCCACAUUUCACAAUGGACAGGAUGAUAUUACGAUAUAUUCCCCGAGUUUCUUGUAGAUUUGGCAUUAUUUUUGUGAAGUGCAUCAUUGAGAAAAGUGCUACCGAAAGGUGUUUCCUGAUAGUGUUUUAUGUGACUUACAGUUUGGACACAAGUGUCAUAUUCAUACAGGAUCUAUGGUGGAGGCUUUGUACAUGCCAGUUUUAUCCCUCUGUGUCGUAUCUUGAUUUACCCAAAUAUGCCCUUGAUGAAUAAUGUCUCGUAUCUGUGUCUGGGUCACACACUAUGUUUCAACACUAUCACAUGAUCGUCGUCAAAUAGAUCCGUCCAAUCGCUUCUGUUGUUUAUAUUCACUAUUUGUCAACUCUAAGAUAUAGACAGACAAGCUUUUUGGAAGCCUGGGGUGUACUUGCACAAAUUGAUCUUAGAUCUUCGCUGAUUGUUAAUUCCAAUACUUUGACUUCAAUACCCAUCGCGUUAAGAUCACUUUGUGCAUGUGGGCCCUGGUGGGUUUAGGGAUACUUAUGCAGAGUUGUGUCCCUUUGCUGGCUGACAUGCAGAUCAUGGAUUUGACUCAAGAAUUCGCAGUCCUUGUCAUGUCAGCACCUUAUUCCUGUGAGUGACUUUGACCAAUUUUACUCUUUUGGUCUAAGUCAUUCUGCAUAUCCUCUGACCAUAAGCAGAUAAUGUUGUAUGACUGCGUCAUGAUCACACCCCAUUACGAAACAUGAUAUAGUUUAUCAUCCCAAUUUAUCUUUCACCCGUCAAAAUGAUUUCACAAGUAAUUUUUGUAUGGAAACAAUGAACUAAUGGUAUGCCUGAGAGCACUUAUGCAUACAUAUUUCCUUGAAUGAUCCUAUUAUAAAGACAGUUUCAUUUGUCAGUAGCUCAUUUCCUGUUUAUGAUUAUCACUAUUAUUACAGGUCAGAAUGUUAAGUUAUUCAUUUCAAUUGCUAACUUAUUGUUGUACAUAUAUUACUGUACGUUUGUGUUUGUAGUUAUUUAAUGAACUAACACCUAACUGGACCCAUUUAUGUGAGGGAUAUAUUCCAUGGAAUAGUCAUCAAAGGGAAAUAACCCUUAGUUAGAUUGUCUCCCCUUUGCCAUUAGACCCUUGCUUGAUAACGGCAUUACCAAUAUUGCUUUCCUCAACAUCAUUUCACUGAAAAGCAGAAUGUUAUGAAGUAUGCUUACAGUUUUGUCUUAGCCUCCGAAAUAUGGACAUUAUUUCAUAAAGUCCGCUCGAUGUCACAAAUGAUCAAAAGACGCUUUUUACGUUGAGCACCUUAUCCAACAGGUGUAAUUUUGUCAUGUAUGCUCUUGUGAAAAGAUUGAAGCCUUUUUUCAGUACCAAUUGCUCAGUUUUGUUUCAGGAGAUAAUUACAACACACCUUCUUCUCAAACAUCACCAUAAUAUGUACAAAUCAUUGUAGUCUGUCAGAGAUAUUUAAGUUAUGCCAUUUGGGGAUGUCUUUAAUCAGCAGUUCAUUAGAUUAGACAUUUAGCAUCUGUAAGAGAAAAUCUUUCCGCUGCCUCAAUUCCUAACAUUUACCAGUCUUAGACAAAGUGUUUGAGGACAAAAUGGAAAAUUGACUUUAACAGGCUUUAAAAAUAUGUUGGACUUAGUAUGAAAGUGUACACAUAAAUGUAUCGUCAACACACUCAGUUCAUAGAAAGUACUCGAAAGUGUGUAUGUGUUUGCAACCUCAGGUGCCGUCUAGUUUUAAACAUUAUUCAUGUUGUGAAUAUGUGUUGAAUUUUAUAUUUUAUCACCCUGUUUGAAGUUCUAGAUCAGAGUUGUACAUGUAGACUUCAUGCCAUGUUACAAGCAAUAAAACCUGAAAUGACCUACCUUGAUGAUAUAUGUAUCGUACACUCUUAUCAAGUCCAUGUUUGUGUAUGAUUCCAGGAAAACCAGAUUUGUCCUUUCAAGUACAUAUUUGUACUCGAUAAUAUAUCAGGCUGAACUUUUGUAAUUGUUCAGUUACAUGAAUUUACUUAUGUUACCUAAGUUAUAUACAAUUCUUUUUCGAUUGACAUUCAGGUGAAAUAUUUGGACAAAAUCAGUCAUGUAUUUGAUACUAGCAACAGAGUUUGUUUUGGUCAGCCAAAGAAGUUGACAAGAAAAUGACAAACGACCAUGGCCCAGUUUCACAAGGUGACCUCAAGUGGGAUGAGCAAUCAUCUUAACGCUGCAAUUGGUUUGUGAUUGCUUGUCAUUUACAUAUUUACAAUUCUUUUAAGUAAUGUAUAGACUCCAGUUCUUUAUAUGCCUUCAAUGUUUUCAAGCCAUCUGCUGUGUACAUUUUGCAGACAAAGCAAUUAACAUUGUUGUGGUAACAUGGAAGAAUCAGGUGUUUAAUUCUUUCGAGUAGUAUAUAUGCUUCUCAAACAGCUGAAGACCCGAGUUCGAUUCCGCAUAUGGCAUUCUGGUGUCCCUUGCCGUGAUAUUGCUGGAAUACUGCUACAAUCGGCGUAAAACUAAACUCACUCACUCACUAUCUCCCAAACAGCGCCCCAUUUCUGGUAUCCCCCGCCGUGAUAUUGCUGGAAUAUUGCUAAAAGCGGCAUAAAACUAAACUCAGUCAGUCAGUCAGCCAAACAGCAUAUUCUUGUGUUUUUGGCAAUAAGUGCCAUUUUUUUAAUAUGAUCAACAAAAAUGAAUCAAUGAUGGUUCUCUUUUUGUGGGUCAUGGUUUAGAUUUGUUGUCACAGUCCGCAAUACUUAUGUCAUGUUGACUUGUAAAUAACAAAAUCUGGCCAACACAAAUUCCUGUUCCUGAAAAUCUGAACUUUUUAAACUACAAAUAUUCUUCAUUUUUAUGUGAUGCUUGUUUGUUGUGUCUGUGUACAUGAAAUAAGUGUAUCGACCAUCACAACAAUCUGCUGAUAGGAGUUAUUCCCCUUUGGGCAGUUGCGUAGAUCGAUACUCAUGCUGUUGAUCACUGGAUUGUGUGGUCCAGACUCGAUUAUUUAUAGACCACCGCCAUAUAGCUGGAAUAUUGCUGAGUGCGGCGUAAAACUAAACUCACUCACUAUCCCCCGUGGGCAUGCCAGGAUGAUGUGAUCUUGAGUUUGAAUCUCAAAUUUGAUACAUGCUGAUUAUGAUCCUGUUCAGCACCAAACCUGUGCUUGUGAGUUUCAAACACGUAAAACCUCACUUCGGGAUUUACUCUCACAAUCAGCUGGCAUGCUGUGAUAUGACUGAAGCUUGUGAUAUGUUAUUCAAAACAGUGUUAAACCCAACUCUCACUCAGGACAUAUUUGACGCAGCAAAUGGCUAAAAAACAUUACAGGUGUAUGAACCAAUGUGAUGAAUACAGAUUGCUUAAGGAUGUAAUGUUUAAGAACAUAUGCUUUGGUUAAGUGAGAAACAUUGCUUUGGAGAAGAAAUACACCUUAUUUUGGUCAUCUCAUGUCUUUAAAGCUUUUCCCACACAGCGACAUGUUUGUCUCCACUGUUUCAGCCCUGUCUGACACUGGUCUCUACCAUUCGAAUCUAGAUUUGUCAAAUGAGUGUUUUAGUUGACUGCAUUGGACCUGUUUUAUCUUGAACGGUGUGAUAGUUUACAUAUAUUUUACAAUUCUUUUUGACUUUGUUAACUGUUCAAGAAAGAUGUUGUUGAUAUUUGUGACUGUUUUACACUUUAGUGAGUUAAUUGUAGUGUUUCAUUGAUAUUAUUAUAAGCAAACGGAUACGAUGUUUGUGCCUUUUAUAUUAACUGAAUGUUUUCUCUCUCUAUGCAGUUGAGAAAUUCUAAGUAUUUUUCCACAGUGUUAAAACAGUUUCUUUUAUUUUAUUAGUAAAUUUAGAGGAAUGUAAUUGGGACAUUGAAUGAAGCAAGAUGCUUGUUUAGUAUGGCACAGUAAUAGAUACAAUAUUAUAACAGUGAUGGAAUUUACAUUGGGUUUUUUUCUUUAAAAAGUACAUGCUCUGCGAAUUCACUGUCAUUCAUGAAUAGCUCAAGAAAGCACUCCCAACCAUCUUCUAGACCAGUUUGUAAGUAAUCUUUAAACUGCUACUUGUCAAGCCAAAACAUUAAUGUAACAGUCCGUUUAUUGUUGUCAUAUAUUAAAUGAUUUUGACAGGAAAUAUGACAGUGUAUCGUCUAUAUUCUACAGCAUCAAGUUUAGAAUGUAUUCUGUUUUGAUAUAUGUCUUUAAAAAAAAACAGCUAGUGUAACUACAGUUUUGAGGAUUUCAUUCAUAGUUCGAUAAGAGUUGCAGAAAGUCACUGAAUGGAACAAUGAUGUGGAACAUUGUUUAACGAAUCAUAGUGCACAGGAGGUAUAGUAUAUUCAUGGUGAUUGUUAUGUCCAGUUAAUACAAGAAAAGACAAAUAUUGUUUUCACUCUUUUAUAAAGGCUUACCUUUAAAGGAAAUACAGUUGCAGAUCCUCUUGUAAGUUGCACAUCCCCUAACAAUUACUGCAACUAAGUUCAUUCGCUACUAUUUUGUCUCAAAAUUAUUCUGAUGUAUGGUUCUAUUAGGUGCCCCCAUUUAUCAAUUUGCUUGAAAACCGAGGAUGUUUUUUAUGGGGAAUAUGGUGGUACCCUUUGCUGAUAGUCGACUGAAAAUGGCAUAUCUCAGUUUUUGUAUUCAUUCCUCAUAGAGAAGAGACAAUCGGUACUUAAAGUGGGGAAGAAAGAAUAUGUUCCUUUGUCCUGUAGGACCUGUUUGUAUUCUAUUGAUGUUAUUGCAAGUCAAUCAGUUAUCUCCCUUUGGUUUGUAGUUUACAUAGAACAUUAAGGGUGGAUAAAGUUCAUUUGUUUUUUUGUUUGCAGAGCCCUUAGUAUGAUCAUAUGAAACUGUUCUAAUGUCUCAUCACUUCUCAUUCCCAACUUUAAUGUGCAGUUCUAAAGAAAUUAAGUGAAGAUAUUGUGAACAAAUAUAGUACAAAAUAUUGACAAUCUGGUACAUUUACUCCUCUUUUAAUAGGGAUCUUUAUAUCUUUCCAUGAUACAAAUGUGUACCCAACUGAUUGUUAAAUCUGUCAAGUGUAUAUUUGAAUAACAUAUUGGAUUAUCCUUAUGAAAAGUUGAGGUGUAUUUUUGUGAUGAGUAACGAGACAUUAAUUGGCAUUCUUAAUGAAGAUCAUUUCUGUGCCUACUUAAGUUUUAUAUAGAACCUCUUUUGUCUUUGGUUAAGUGAGUAACUGUUGCAUUAAAACAUUUUGAAAACAAAUCAUUUCUGGUUGGAUCAAUAGAAUACUUGCAGAAUGUUGUUUUGUUUUCUGUUGUUACCACUUGUAACCAUGGUAACACAAUAGAACAAUUAUAGUUUGUAUUAUAGUCAGUGUUAGUUGUUGAUAUAUUUUUCUACUCAAAGAUUUGCUGUGCAAACAUGAACUUGUUUUAACAUUUGCACAUUCUUUUGGAUAUUUUGUGCAAAUGUCCUGUGUUCCUGUGUGAGGCAAAUUGAUGAAGUAAUUUGUUACAUUUUUUGUGAGUUGAAUCACAAUAUUUGCCGUAUUUAUUAGCGUAACAUAUGUACAUAUUGUCAUUCAUGACCUACUUGUUUCUGAUUUGCUCUUAUGAGUGUGAAAUCCCAUACUGUUGUCACAUUCCUGCAUUGUUAUAUUUUGCCACUAAAUUCAUUUUGUAAAUUCCCAAAAGAAAUUAUUAGGAAAGCUAUAUGCUUCUUUCAUACCAUUAAACUCAUAAAUAAUAUCGCCAUGUAACUGCCUUCACUACUCAACUCAUAACUUCAUGAAAUUUGAUUUUGCAAAAACAAUUAGAAUUGCCUUUAAAGAAUCAUUGAGAGAUUGAUUCAAUAUGAACAGAAAAGAUAAAUGUGAUAAGUUAUUUUCUGAUUUGUGCAUAAAGUGUCCGUGACUUUCUCAUCAAAGGAAGUUAGAAGAAACACCCAAAUCUUUUUCUUCUGAUCUUUUUCUUUCUUUUUUUUCUAUGACUGCUUGUAAUCUGUCUUGGCUUUGGGAUAUUACCUUCCAAUUCUGGGGAGGUAGCUUUGUGGUUCAAGUGUUCCCAUGUCUUGCCAAUGGGCUGGGUUCGAUUCCCCACUGGUUACAACGGGUGAAGCUGAUUUCUGUUAACCCCCUGUUGUGAUAUUGCUGGAAUAUUGCUAAAAGCAGUUUAAAACCCACUCACUCACUCCCUUUGUAGGUGAUCUUUAACUUGUUUUGAAUAGUAUAUGUCAAACAUGCAAGGAAAGAGAGACGUUCCUUUCUCUAUAUUUGUAAUUUACAAACUCUUCCAUUUGUAUAUAGUUUUUGUAUUUGUCAGAUUUUCAAAUUUGCUUUUCUUGAAAUUGUUUCAGAAAAUGAAAUUUUGUUUAUUUAAAAAAGCAAAUAUGUGUCUUGAUAUUUUGCAACUUUGUUAACUGUAUUUGGGGCGUGAGAUAUAUAGUAUUGAUACUCCACCACUCAAAGACUGUACUGACAUGUUUCAUUUCAACAGCGCCCACACACAGGGUCAUGUUGAAGUUUAGUUGUGAAUUUACGGAUAAUAAGAUUAUUUUACCAGUGCUGCAAGAAAUGAACUUCUUUGUCACCAGCCUUCAUAAUUAUCUCAGAUAGAGGUAUUUAAACAAUUACAAAACAAGGCUUAUUAUUUGUUUCACUGCCAUAAAUAUUAGCUUGGUUUUUGCAGAUAUUUUGUUUCAAUGCCACUUUUUAAGAAUUCAUCCCUUUCAGUACUUAUUAAGAAUAACCACAUAUUUCACAUAUUAUGUUUGAAUAUGUGUGCAUUUUCUGAACUUACCUUUGACUAAGCCAAGGAAAAGAAUAAUUAUUAAGAAUCUUGAGGGAGCUUGAUAAAUCAUGUCAUUGUUCAUGUUCUGCAGCUGAAGGUGACUUAAUUCACCAACCUUCCUUUCCAAUUUAGUUUCACUAUAUUCAUAAAGUCUCAUGUUGCUUUUAAAUACAUAUCUCAGACAAUGUAUCAGUUUCAUCCAGUUUACCGUCGGCAUGAAGCAGACAGUACAUUUUGUAUAUGACAUUCAGCGAUCAAUCUUCGGAGCGGUUGUAUUCAUGUUGUAGACUAGAGUCCCAUGAUAUAGGUCUCUAGAAUUGUGUUCAGUUACUGUGUACGUCCUGUCUCACCUAGCUUCCAGCCUCACACGAAGCUUGUAAUCCUUCACCAUCUGUACAGCACUUAGACAGGACAAGAGAAGGGAACUAAACCUUGUUUCUGUAACUUGGGUUUGCAGACACUUGUGCCUGUUGUGCCCUAAGUAGUUGUGCCAGUUGUACUAUAAAUAGUUUGUUGGUCACAUAUUUAACAGAUAAAAUGUCUUUAGUAAAAACUUGAUUUUUAUGGUGUCUAGGAAAUAAGAAAGGUAGCUCAAAACUAUUCUUCUGCAGUCUUUUUUUUAACUUUUUUGUACCCAUUUAGCAUUUUGCGAAAAUAUGAAAUGAAAAUAUUUCAAAUUUGACAUUUAUUAUAUAUUUUUUACCAGAAAUUCAAGGCCCAAAAUCUAAUCUGGUACAAAAGCACUAAUAUCUGCUAACAAUCACAAUCAGAGGGGUCAGGUACACUCAGGCUUCAGAAUUUAUUAUGCUAACCUUUACGAUUGAGCAAAAGUAUAUUUUCAAGGUGGUUCCAUGUCCCUACUCUUGUCUGUGGUAUUAGGUAGACGUCCAGCACCCCUCAUGGAUACAUAGACGUGUAAUACAGGGUGAUGGUGGUCAUGUGAUCCACACGAUCACCUUGCUCCAUGUACUGUGUGCACCUGCAUGUACAUGUGGCAAGACUAUUCAGAAGGCAGCUGACAUGCAUCAAUCACUGUGAAUACAUGGUAUGUACAUAUAGGUGGCGACACUUGAUGCGUUUGUGUUCAUUGACAGAUAGUGAUCAACACAACUACUGCAUGUACAUUUCGCCUAUAUUAAACUAUCCUUAUCUGA